AGAUUGCUGGUGCAGAGGUGGCACAUGACAAUCUGGCACUCCCACAAGGUGACACACAGAGGUUCGUUCUUCCAGCACCAGGCCUCCGACACAGGCCAACAGGACCGCAGCAAGCGACACAACAGCAAUUUGUAGACAACACGGGGAAGCAGCUACUUCAGAACUAUGGUGGCAACGGUGGGAUUAAUACCGGACCUUCUGGCAAUGGCAUAGUAGGCAACCUACUUCCCCUGGACCCUGGCACAGCUAUGCCCCAGGUGUUGGCAUUAGACGUGGCAUGCCAGAGGGACCAGAUGAGGGUCAGGAUAACUUUCGACUCUCCUUUCAAUGGUGUCGUGUACUCGAAGGGUUACUAUGGCAACCCGCAGUGCAGUUACGUGGCACCAGGAUCGAGCAGGAGCGAGUACGAGUUUGUGGUGGUGUCGGGCACGUGCGGCACUCGCUACGUGGAGAACCCGGGCACGCCGUCGUACCUCGAGAACACGGUCGUCAUCCAGAACGAGCCGGGCAUCCAGGAGGUGUGGGACACCGCCCGUGGCGUGCGCUGCGUCUUCGAGGGCGCGGGCGGCGACUCGACGCAGCGGGUGAGCGCGGCGCUGAGCGUGGCUAUGCUGGACCAGCAGGUCGUGUCCUUCGCCGCCGACUCGCAGGCGUCCGCUUCGCUCGACAUCCAGAUCGGGCGCGGCCCCUUCGCCCCGUCGGCGUCGGGCAUGGUCAAGAUCGGGGAGCUGAUGACGAUGGUGGUGGCCGUGGAGGGCCCCGCCAGCGCCGACGUCCUCGUCAGGCAGUGCGUCGCGCACGACGGGUCCAGGCAGAACCCGUACCAACUCACGGACGAGAACGGCUGUGUCCUCGGCUCCAAGAAGAAGAUUUUGGGUUCGUGGCAAAAAUCCCGUGACACUGGCAACCCCAAGAUCCCUGUGGUCACGUUCUCUCACUUCCAGGCCUUCAAAUUCCCAGACAAGAACGACGUGUAUAUUGAGUGCCAAGUCGACCUCUGCAGUAACGGAUGCCCCAUCUGCCCUGAGGACGGCUCCCGCGGGCGUCGUCGGCGAGCGGUGCCCGCCGCGCGCCCGGAGCCGCCUCCUCCAGGCACGCUGGGCGAGGCCGCCGAGCGCGUGGAGGCGCAGCUGUUCCGCGAGCGCGGCGCGAAGGGCGGCGCGCGGGCGGUGGCGAACGGCCUGGCGAAGAACGAGAGCGCGGGCGCGCCGGUGCGCGUGGCGCGGCGCCUGCGGGUGCUCUCGCCCGAGGACAUCUCCGUGGGGCGGCGACGAGUUCUCGACCGUCACCCUCGUCACCAAGAGCGCCGGCGCCGCCCCCGAGGACGUGUGCAUGAGCGUGGCGACCUUCGUGGGCGGCCUCGUGGUCAUGCUGGCGGUGCUGGUCCUGUCGUCGGUGGUGACGGCGGUGCUGUGCCUGCGCGUGCGCACCAUCCCGUCGGCGGCGUCCACGUACCCGCCCGACUCCUCCUUCCACGCCUUCAGCACCGUCUCCGGCAAGACGUUGUGAGCCACGGGGCGGGGGGGGGGGAAACCAUAGUGGAUCAGUCAAAAAUAAAGAUGUGCAAAUUUGGUCUCUAUUUACAGACGUUCUAA